AUGUCCACUCCAAAUCAUACCACAGUGACUGAAUUCAUUCUGCUGAGGCUCACCGACGACCCAGUGCUGGAGAAGAUCCUGUUUGCAGUGUUUCUGCUGAUACACCUAAUCACAGUGGUGGGGAAUCUGUGUGUGAUUAUGCUGAUCAGGACCAGUUCCCGUCUCCACACUCCCAUGUAUUUCUUCCUGGGACAUCUCUCCUUUGUAGACAUUUGCUAUUCCUCCAACAUUAUUCCAAAUAUGCUGUACAAUUUCCUCUCAGACCAAAAGACUAUCUCCUAUGCUGGGUGCUUCACACAGUGUCUUCUCUUCAUUGCCCUUGGGAUCACUGAGUUUUAUAUUCUGGCUUCAGUGGCACUGGAUCACUAUGUGGCCAUUUGCAGCUCUCUCCAUUACAGUACCAGAAUGUCCAAGAACAUUUGCAGGUCUUUAGUCACAGUCCCUUAUACUUCUAAUGCCCUCCCUCAGACUCUGCUGACUUUUCACUCAUCCUUCUGUGGUUCCCUUGAAAUCAAUCAUUUCUACCACGCUGAUCCACCUCUUCUAAUGUUGGCUUGCUCUGACACCUCCGUCAAAAAGAUGGCAAUGCUUGUAGUUGCCAGCUUUACACAGUCAAGUUCUCUCUUUAUCAUCCUUCUGUCCUACCUUUUUAUUUUUGCAACCAUCUUGAGGAUGCAUUCUGCUGAAGGCAGGCACAAAUCCUUCUCUACCUGUGGUUCCCAUCUGAUAAUAGUUACCAUAUCUUAUGGAACACUCUUCUGCACAUACUUAAGGCCCCCAACUGAGAAGUCCAUAGAGGAGUCCAAAAUAAUUGCAGUCUUUUAUGCUUUUUUGAGCCCAAUGCUGAACCCAUUGAUCUACAGCCUAAGGAACAAGGACAUGAACCAUUCCAUGCAACAAGUGAUCAAGGGAAGUUUCUUUCAUUAA